GAUGAUCACGCAACGAUCGUGCCCAAUAUCACUCCAAUCUCGGCAAUCGGGACGCUACCAACACAUCGCUAACGAUCGGUGAAAAAUAGCUUCUUCUGUGAUUGCUUCUCGUGUAAUUAGUUUUCCGUCGAACAGUGCACCGGGUGGAUCGGUUAUUUUUCCCCAAGCGAAGUGUCGUGCGGUUUUAUGCGUCUACCACAUCAUGGUACGUUAAGUUAAUUAAUUUGUGUACAUAAAAAUGAAUCUUGUGCAGUUCAUUUAUUAAAAGUGUGCAGAGUGUGAUGCUGGGAAAAGGUAACAAAAUCGCCAUAUUGCGAUUGGAGUACAGGUAAAAGCACAUGGCCAGAAGGAAAGCUAGCUCCAGCUUCGAGAAUUAUAUCGUCCGUCGUGUUUCCGUGUUUAUUGUGCCCGUGGCAAGUAUUCCCGCUCCACUGUGAUCGUGUGUUUAAUGUGUGGACCUAAACGUGCGAUCCAACAAUUCGGCAUCUGCUACGAAGUGCGUGAGCUUCAUUUUGUUUCUCCAUUGCAUGUGACGUAUUGGUUCAGUACCGGUAGCUAGUGUACGCGUUUAUGCUACCCGGAUCGAGUGGUUGAAUUUUUAUUGAUCGAGCUUUAGCAAAGUGAAUCGCGUGUGGCAUGUAAGCGCUACAUGCGGUUAUCCACGGUCCCAUAUCCUCAAGUGCAUUAGUGUUCGUGUAAGGUUCCUCAGCUUCCCUUGGCACGGUGGGCAAUACAAACAAAAUCAGUUCCAGUAGUGGACAAAAUGAUCAACGACAGGAGAACGACGCCCAUAGAGCAAUGACGGCUGAAAAUGUACUGCAAACAGUACCUCAUCAUCAUCAUUAGUACCACUAUCAUACCGGACGCGUAGAAACCGGUAGUUGCCAACACUUCUUAUGCCAAGAGCAGCUCGCAUAACCAAUAAUUGGCAAGCAUAAAACGUAUAUUUAUUGCCUCAUCAUCAUCAUUCACACGUUUUGCGUUAGAUUGCAAAUAGUAAAGUAACGAGAGAGAGAGAAAAAAAAAACCCCCAAACCCAGUGCACUAGCCCCCAAUUUCCCACAGCCGCUCAUCUCACCGUCGUGUGCAUCGGUCGACGGAAUUCAUCGUAGUCGUGGCAAUCGUAGUAGCCAAUACAUAGUCGUCAUACACCGCUUGCACCUGCACAAGACUGUCCACCCAGUUGCCCCAGUUAGAACUGAGUCGUCCAAUCAAACAAAAAAACGCAAAACAACACAACAAACCAAUCCACGAUUGCCUUCAACACCAAAGAUAAGAGAAAGAAAGCGCUGGACGUGAGUGAUCCAUAUUGGAUCGGUGGUCCAUGAAGCAUUUUGGAUGAAUUAUUGAAAUAAGCAGGGUGAUAUAGAUAUACACCUCUUCCGUGAGCCCAUGUUUAUGUUGGAUUACGCGCUGAAAGGCUAGACAUUCGUCAGAAUUCCAUUAGAGGGAAUUUGGAGCUACAUACGUAAACCGUUCUGACCGGUCUGGCUACGCACUGAAUUAGCUCUGGGAAUAGUAACCACGGUUGUAAGAGAAUCCCAAAUCUUCCCCAAUCGCACGUUUUAAGCCCCCUCCACUCACUCUGUACGUGGGGAACUGGUAAAGUGUUCCCACGGACUGACAUUUCACCGCGAGGAGAUUCGAAUAUCGGAAAUUGGCAAACGGUACGCAAUAAGCGCAGGGCGAACGGACACGUUGGCGGACAGAGGCAAAAAGAAGGGCCCGGAAAUGCCGAAAAAUCUGCGACCACCUACGUCAACCAGUGCUUACGGGCGCAUUGGGCUGGUGCCGGAAUCGGACGAUUCGCUCCACAGCCAGGAAGUGGAACCCCAGGUGACGGAGGCAUCGCUGGAGAUAUGGCGUACGCUUCCGGCUGCCAUCCGCCAGGACCCGAGCCUGGCAUCUUUUCGGCAGGAGCACGAGCGAUUACACGGUACCGAAGAUGAUCCACUCCCGAAUGAAGACGUCUCGGCGGACGAUGGUGAAGAUAACAACAGCAAAGAGUUCAUCACAAUCAAGGUCACCAAUCCGGACACGACGGUCGAGGAUGGCAAAACGACCGCCGUCGUGGAGCAGUGUGAAAAGAACGGCCAAAACGUGACGACCGAUGGGGAAGGUGACGAGGGUCACGAGACGACGAUGGGUGGCCACCAUGAGCAUGGGAAACUGUUCGGUUACGUGAAGGUUGGCACACUGCUGGUCGUGUGGCUGGUCUUCACCGGCUUCCUGAUGUCGAAGCACGAGAAAGAACUCACCCCGCGGCAGCUGUCCGUGCCGGAAGGGUCCUACCGGACAUACAUUCUGCCAGAACCAUCCCCAGGGUCUCGGAUUGGGAUUAAUCUAAAAGGUGCCUUUCUAAGUGACCAGCAACACAACAACACGAGCACGUACGUGUCAGUGAAUCUGCAGCUGCUCUACCUACCUAGCAAUAACACCAAUAUGAGCUUUUUCCCAGACCACGACGCAAAGUACACGGAGAACAUCACCAAUGUCUGGUUGGUACCUAUACCGAGCUCACUCGAUGCAAUCGACCUGAUGGAUGAGAUGACGCGCAAGCACGUGUUCGACAUUGGACCCGUCAACCAUCAGAAGGUGACGAGCGGGAAGGCGGUGGUACGGGUACGGAUGUCCUCCAAUCUCGACGGUGACUUCCCGACCAAGUUCACCUACGAUCCAACGCCGAUGGACACGGAGACGGGCGUUAUCUAUGCCGCGAUCGUGCUGCUCGGUCUGUACGUGUUAAUCAUAUGGGAGAUAGUGCACCGCACGUUUGCGGCCAUCAUCGCUUCAACGCUUGCCAUCGGUGUACUGGCAGCCAUGAACGAGCGGCCCAGCAUGCCGAAGUUGAUCUCCUGGAUCGAUGUCGAAACGCUGCUGCUCUUGUUCGGCAUGAUGAUCCUGGUGGCUAUCCUGUCCGAGACCGGUAUCUUCGAUUACCUGGCCGUGUAUGCGUACCAGGUGACGAACGGUAAGGUGUGGCCACUGAUCAACUGCCUGUGCAUCUUUACCGCGAUACUGUCCUCGUUCCUGGACAACGUAACGACCGUGUUGCUUAUGACUCCGGUAACGAUACGAUUGUGUGAGGUGAUGGAAUUAAAUCCGGUGCCGGUGUUGAUGUCGAUGGUGAUCUACUCGAACGUCGGCGGUACACUAACACCCGUUGGUGAUCCACCCAACGUCAUCAUCGCGUCCAACAGCCACAUUGCGAAAAAUGGAGUCAAUUUCGCCACCUUUACACUGCACAUGGCCAUACCGAUCUUCUUCGUCAUGAUCACGACCUACUUCCAGCUGCGCAUGAAGUUCAAAAACAUCAACGAUCUGCGCUUCAGCGAACCGCAGGAUGUGCAGGAGAUCCGUCACGAGAUUGCCGUGUGGCAGCGUGCAGCCGCCUCUCUGUCGUCCUACUCGAAGGAUGAAGAUUUGGUGCGCGAAACGCUGCUCAAGAAGGUGAACCGGUUGUCACGUUCGCUCAAGAAGAAGCUCGUCACCGGUUCGGUACCGGUGGAGAGUUACAAGGCAACGCUGGAAGAGAUGAAACGGAAGUACCCUAUUCGAAGCAAGACACUGCUGGUAAAGUCUGCCAUUACUCUCGCGUUCGUGAUCACGUUCUUCUUCCUGCAUUCGGCACCGGACAUACAAAAGCUGUCCCUCGGCUGGACUGCUCUGCUCGGUGCGCUACUGCUCCUGAUUCUGGCUGAUCGGGAGGACAUUGAAUCGGUGAUUGCGCGUGUCGAAUGGUCCACACUGCUGUUCUUUGCGGCGCUCUUCAUCCUGAUGGAAGCGUUAGCCGAGCUGGGACUGAUCGAUUGGAUCGGCAAACAGACGGAAAACGUGAUCUUGUCCGUAUCCGAAGAAUCUCGUCUAGCUGUAGCCAUCCUUAUCAUCUUAUGGGUAUCCGCAUUCGCAUCUGCUUUCGUUGACAAUAUUCCUCUUACCACGAUGAUGGUAAAGAUUGCCAUCGGUCUUGCUGAAAAUGAGGCGCUAGAUCUGCCCCUACAACCACUCGUAUGGGCACUGGCGUUAGGCGCUUGCUUAGGAGGUAAUGGAACGCUUAUCGGAGCCUCCGCCAACGUUGUAUGUGCCGGUGUUGCUGAGCAGCACGGUUAUAGGUUUACCUUUAUAGAAUAUUUCAAGGUCGGUUUCCCAGUGAUGGUCGGUAGCGUGAUCGUCUCUACUAUCUACCUAAUGUUUGCACACGUCGUCUUCACCUGGCACUAGAACUUCGUCCCAGGCGGAGAUCUUUCGCUGUCUUCUCGUUUCACGUAUUGUUUGUGUAUGUGCCCCCCUGUGCGCGUGCGCGUCUGUGUGAAUGUUUAUCUUUACGCGAAUAAGGAUGUAUUGCAAGAGUUGCCAUUACUACACGCAAAUCUAAAACCUACCGCCCCUCAACAACCCUGAAACAACGACACCAGACAAAAGAAAUCGCCAUCUUGCGUGAGUGAUCGUACACUGGAAGAUCAACUACACUUUCUAACCCCGGGUGGCAGAAUGUGCGAUCGCGUUAAUAAACCAUCUUUACAUUGUGAUAACCUUUACCGAGCAGAUCGAGCAACACAUCACUCACUCAAAAACACACACGUCCCUUAUUUGGGAGCUGGCAGUGUAAGCCAGCCUUAUACUUUUUUGUUAAAAUGAACGCCAUGCCAUUUUGCCGAAUUCCGUGUACCAUAGGGUGAGCAACCAAAACUAGCAGUUGAUAUGUGAAAGGGGAGGAAAACAAGCACAACUAGUGAAGGGAAAGAGUAGCCUACUAUAAUUGCCUCUAGAAAGAUAAAAUCCAUGUUUUUUUUGCCGAGUAAGGAAUCGAUAAGUCAAUUCGAGUGUAACGAGUAGCAUAACUCGUACUAGUAAAUAGAAAAAAGGGAAUGUGAGCCGAGCUGUUGUGCGCGACCACUUCGGUUCGGGUUCGGUUUUGGGGCCGAUCAAGCUAUGUUGUUCUGUGAAUGGCGAAGGUUCAAUUGUACGCUGGCAAAGCAUACUUUCGAUGUAAAGUAUUUUAAUGUGUAAUCACACUACAGGUAUUUCUCAACGUGUUACAAGAUGUUACUGAUGUUAAUCUAUUUAAAACAACUGUACUGUACACUCCUGCUAAUCGAUCGACAAACAACCACCCACGAUAAGGUAGCCGUAUCAUCAUACCUGCAGGGUUUUCCUUUCCCGUUUCCUUGUUGUCGUUGAAUGACAUCCCUUCCUUACGUGAAUGACACGCGAUAGAAUCGGUGUUGUGUACACACAGUUACAUUUUUAAGAUUCAUCCGUUGUUUUUCUUUUUCCUUGUCUUACAAUUUAAUAUGCUUAUCUUACUUUUCCUCAUUUGUUCGUUCUACUAUUGUUACCAGUUGCUCGAAUGUAAUAAAUUAUCCUUUUUUUCGUACUGCGUGUACAUUUGCUUAACACAAAUCGUGCCACAGACAGAAUAAGUGAAUAAGUUAUUUCAACAACGAAACAACCUCUGCCUUUCUCUGUCCCACUGUCAACACACUAACUAACUCGUCGCAUUUCGCUAGUAGAAAAACCUCCAACAACACACACACACGCCCAUUUGCAAAAAGGAAAAUUACUAAAGAAAAACAUUCCAAACAAUAUUACGCCCAGUGAAAAGGCACUGGGUGAAUAUAUUUACUGCAAGCUGUAAAUGGGUGUAAAAUGAAAUGAAUGCAGUUACGAGGUAAAGUAGGAAAGAGCUACAACAGAAAACAAACAAAAAAAAAUCUGUAUGUAUAAGACGGUAGUAAGUUUGUAGAAAUAAAUCUUCUCUCUUUCUCUCAGCGGAAAGGAAGCAAACAAAGAACAAAACAAAAACACACACACGAGUGAGCUUUGAUGAACGAUUUAAAAACUGGUCGUGGAAAGAGUGUGCAAAGCAAGCAUAAAACGUUAUCGACGAACCCUGCAUUUUGUAGCAAAAUUGUAGAUAGAUGGCAAAUUUGAAGCCCAAUCACUUGUAGUGGAAUGUACGAAAGGAAAACAUGAAUGAAAAAAAUGUACAGCAUAGCUAAAAUGAGAUGGUGGUUUAGUGUGGUAAAGAAAGAAAACGAAGAAUAAUUUCCACACCACACAUUAAGUGGGAAGGUUUCUAGGCAAGAAUGUAAAAAUGUGGAAAAAAGAGAAGAAAAAAUAUGAAGAUAUGUAAAAUAAUGAAAAGUUUCCCGUAUUUUAUGUUUAAAAUGAAUAAUACUUCCCGUUUUAAUUACUAUUUUUUUGUUCGCUAAUCGACUUGGUUCAACUAAUGGAUUCGAUAUGCUACAAAGGAAGGAAUUUUAUGAAAAGGUACUCCAAUUGAUAAAGUAACCAGCGGAAUGAAACGAAUCACGACAAAACAAUUCUAAAUCAACAGUGAACCGUGGGUAAAAGUAUUUUGACCACCAAUAUAAAUGGUCGAUCCUCACGAGUAGCACAUUUUUGUUAAGUUUUUAUAAGAUCAUCAACGUUUUCCCGUAGGAACGGUCGCUUAACUUGAGCAAAGAAUGGCCCCCACAGAAAGGGUGGCUUCGUUCGAUAGUACUGUUUUUUUGGAAUUUGUUGUUAAUAUUGUAGUCGUCGUAGUGCGAAACUCAAAGUAGCCGUACUACAGUGCGGUCCCGUUGAAGGUUAGGGAGGAGAAUGAACCGUAGAGCUGUAGAGCGAAACGCAAUGAACGCACCGUGUGCAGAAGGCAAACCCAUGGAGGCCGCUAAAGGGAAGCCGACAGGGCAGGGGUACAAAAGGUAAAACAACCAAACCCAAUAUGUAAUAGACAAAUAAUAAAACUAUUAAAAACUAUA